ACCUAAGCCAUCCACAAAGCUCAAUCUGCAGUUAUGGCCACUAAGGGUGGAAAGGGAGUAAGCGGAGGCAGCGGUGGCGCUGGAGUCUAUGGUGGAGGUUCCGCACAAGCCAAAGACUGUGGCAUUACACCAGUGCAGCCAUGCCAGGUCAUUCCAGAACCAUGUGGGGUUUUCUGUUGAUCCAUGCCAACAAGCUGGAGGUGGUGCUGGAGGAUUUGGUAUAGGAAUUGGCAGCGGAGCACAAGUUUCUGUUGACCCAUGCCAGCAAGCUGGUGGUGGUGCUGGAGGAACUGGUAUCGGAAUUGGCGGUGGAACACAAGGUAUUGUUAACCCAUGCCAACAAGCUGGAGGUAGUGUUGGAGGAAUGAGUAUAGGAAUGGGCAGUGGAGUACAAGGAGUACAAGGUACUGUUGACCCAUGCCAGACAACUGGUGGAGGAUAUGGAGUACAAGGUGUGGUUGACCCAUGCCUGCAAGGGAAAGGAAUAGGUGCAGGAAUUGGUGGAGGAAUUGGAGGAAAUGUUGGAGGAAAUGUUGGAGUGAAAGGUGGCAAUUAUGGAGUCAAGAAAUAA